CCAGGUAUUGAGGGAAGAGGAGGGAGGGGAAGACAGAAGGAGAGCUGCAUGAAGAAGUAGUGAAACAAUGAGAGAUGAGAAUUCCAAGAAAAGCAAGUUCUCUUGGUCAAAAAACCUGGUUAGGAAGUGGUUCAAUAUCAAGGGCAAAACAGAAGAAUUUCAAGCUGAUGAAGUUGUUUAUGGAGGAGGUGAUGCUGAAUGGAGGAAUAGUUUCUCUGAGAGGGAGACAUGCACACUCAAGAAAAGUAGAACAGAAAAAUCAAGCAAGAAUACGGGGCGUGUCCGGAGAGGGAGAGGAAGAGGUAGAGGGUAUCUUGAUCAUCCUCAGAUUAUAAAUGUACAAAACCAUAGCAUCUUUGUAGGAACAUGGAAUGUGGGUGGAAAGUCCCCACCAAGUAAUUUGAAUCUAGAGGACUGGCUACAUGGCUCACCUCCAGCAGACAUUUAUGUACUUGGAUUUCAAGAAAUAGUUCCUUUGAAUGCUGGUAAUAUUCUUGGUGCUGAAGACAAUGGCCCUACCAAAAAAUGGCAAGCUUUGAUUCGGAAAACGCUGAACAAUCUUCCUGCAACUAGUGGAGGAAGUGGAUGUUAUACACCUUCUCCCAUCCCUGAUCCAGUUGCUGAAUACGAUGCAGAUUUUGAGGGAUCAAACAGGCCGAAGGCAUCAUCCUUCCUCCAUCGCCGAUCAUUCCAGACUCCACACAGCUGGCGAAAGGACAAUGACCUAUCAAUUCCACAACCUCACCUUGAUCGGCGAUUCAGUGUCUGUGACAAGGUAAUCUAUGGUCAUAGGCCAAGUGACUAUGACUCUAAUAGCAGAUGUGGUCACAGGCGUAGUGACUAUGAUUCUAGUAGCAGAUGGGAUCACAGGCCAAGUGAUUGUUCCUCAGGUCGUAGGCCAAGUGACUACUCUUGGGGUCAGAGGCCAAGCGACUAUUCUUGGGGACAGAGAUCGAGUGACUAUUCUUGGGGACAGAGAUCGAGUGACUAUUCUUGGGGUCAGAGACCAAGUGACUAUUCCAGAUGGGGCUCAUCUGAUGAUGAUUAUUGGCCUGGAGAUUCACCUAGCACUGUGUUAUUCUCACCAAGGUCUAAUGGUGGAUAUGCACCGAUGGACAAUGGAUAUAGAAUGACAGGGCAGUCAAGGUAUUGCUUAGUUGCAAGUAAGCAAAUGGUUGGCAUUUUCCUCACGAUUUGGGUAAGGAGUGAUUUGAGGGAAAACAUUCGGAACAUUAAAGUAUCUUGUGUUGGCAGAGGAUUGAUGGGUUACCUGGGGAACAAGGGGUCCAUUUCAAUCAGCAUGUUGUUGCAUCAAACUAGCUUUUGUUUCGUUUGCAGUCAUUUGACCUCAGGACAAAAGGAAGGUGAUGAACUAAGAAGGAAUUCAGAUGUCAUGCAGAUCCUUAGGAAGACGAGGUUUCCACGAGUUCAUGGCAUGGGUGAUGAGAAGUCCCCAGAAACAAUCCUUGAACAUGAUCGAAUUAUUUGGCUUGGGGACCUAAAUUAUCGGAUUGCCCUCUCUUAUCGGACUGCUAAGGCACUUGUUGAGAUGCAAAACUGGAGAGCACUGUUAGAGAAAGACCAGUUACGGAUAGAGCAGAGACAGGGUCGUGUUUUUGAGGGAUGGAAAGAAGGGAAGAUAUAUUUCCCACCAACAUAUAAGUAUUCUAAUAAUUCGGACAGAUAUGCAGGGGAUGAUAUGCACCCAAAGGAGAAACGAAGAACACCUGCCUGGUGUGAUCGCAUUUUGUGGUAUAGAGGAGGCCUUCAGCAAUUAUCUUAUGUGCGCGGGGAAUCCAGAUUCUCUGAUCAUAGGCCUGUUUCCAGCAUAUUCUGGGCUGAGGUUGUGUCAGUCUCCAAUCGGUUGAGAAGAAGUAUGAGUUAUUCAAGCUCCAGCAUUGCGGCAGAGGAGCUGUUCCCAUAUUCCCAGGGCUACACUGAACUCUGCUUUUUUUGAAGGAUGGAGGAAAUAAUUAAGGCUCAGAUUUGGCUGCAGGCAGGAAUUGCUUUGAAGAAACUCGUUGUUGAAGGGCAAUGGAGACUUUCCUUCACCCACUAAUUGAAAAAGUCAGGCCUCUUUUCUUUUUCUUGGUUUUGCUGCAGAUUUCGUUGCUCUUGCCUAAUGUUACCCCUCUUUCUCUCAUCAGGUGUACAUAUUUGUAAUUUAGGUGGCUAACUUCACAUGACAAUAUUCAUUCUUCCAUUAACCUCCAUUAAUUUGUUAGAGAGAAUUUAUCAUUCUGGAGCAGAAUUCUACUAAGGGACUACCAAACUCCAACUUUACGGUAUCUCUAAGUUCCAUACAUGAAAUUGCAGUCCUGCAUAAUGACUAGGAUGAACUCAACCAAACCAAGAACUGCUAAGUAGGUGAAAUGAGGUUUUUUCAAUUGUAGAUUCUUUAUGUGUAGAGUAGAGAUUCAUUGUGUGAAAGAGGAUGAAAGAUGGUCAAAAUAAUCAUUUGGGUAUUGCCUUUUUGUUUUCAAUGAAGAGAGAAGUGAAGAUCUGAUGUAUACACACUGACAAAGUUAAAAGAUGUACACAAUUUAUUUCUAUAAGCCCAUUGCUGUUUCUGUUGCUG